UCCUUGCAGGGGAGGAUACGGUUACACGUGGGCCAGAGUAUGGCGGACAGUUUACCAAACACGAAGUGUGCGAUGUGUUGUGAGGACACUGCGAGAUAUUGCUGUCCCACAUGUGCCAAAAAAACAUGCAGUCUAAGAUGUGUGAAGAGUCACAAGAUGAAAUUUCAGUGUUCAGGAGUACGUUGUAAGACCAAGUUUAUAUCACUUGACAACUUCAAAUGCAGUAACUUACAAUCGGACCUUGUGUUUUUGGAGGACAUGGACAGACUUGUGAACUCUACAGCACAUCAUAGUCAAAGCAAGUUUAACAGAAGACAUCAGAACUUCCAGGUUAGGCAGCUUUGUCUUGUAGCAAAGCAACGUGGUGUGGAUUUAAAGAUCUUGCCAAAUGGAAUGUCUAGGAGGAAGGAGAAUACAACAAAUUUUAACAGAAAAGAAAAGUGCAUAAAGUGGAGAAUUCAGUGGUUAUUCCCUGAAGUUGGAGUGGAAUAUACUGACAAAUGUGUUUCAGAGCAAGAAAGUUUAGGAGAUGCCCUUAGAAAGUAUAUAGACCCUGAGAAAGCAGAUGCUGUGUACAAACAAAGUUUAAAGAAGUAUUGUGAAGUUGGAACCCAAGGAGUAUGUGUGUUUUUAAAAAAUGAGCUUGUUCCUGGAAGAGAAAUUAGGUAUCACCAGCUAGAUAUUUCACAGACUUUGAAAAGUUGUUUGAACAAGAAGACUAUUAUUGAAUUCCCCACUUUACAUGUUGUACUCCAUGAGAAAACAGCAAGCUACCCCACUGGCAGUCAGCACAUCGAUGAUGUGUGUGCGGUUUGAUUUUCUGCAGAUACUGAACGUUGUGAUGAUUUCUUGUUUCCGACUUUCUUUUGUAUGUUAACGUGCUCUUGAGACGAGAAGAAUAAAUAGUUUUCAGAAAA